AUGUUCUCUCGUGCUUUCAUCUCCAUUGUUUUCAUCGCGGUUGCGGCCAUGAGUGCCAGUGUCAAAGCUGCGUGCGACAAUGGAACCCCAGGAUACACCCACAUCGUCGUCGCCGGUGACACUUGCUACGCCAUCGCUGCGCAGGGCGGUAUCACCAUCGACCGUCUCGAAGCGGCCAAUCCUGGUAUCGAGUGCUCGAACCUUCAGACCGGAGAGAGAAUUUGCGUUCCUAGUAAUGCCUAAUCCACCAGCUUUCAUGAUGCUGUUGUUCGACAGUAGUUACACUACUCAAGUAUCUGGAGUCAUAACUUGACAUUUGAUUUUGCGUUCUCAAACCUUUGCCUUAACAUCGACUUCCCUGACGCCCAGCUUCCAUCCC